CGGAUCAACAUGUCUCAUUCAAUCUUGAUUACUGGAGCCUCUGGGUAUCUGGGAGGAUCACUGCUCGUGCAGCUGAACCGUGCCAAACUUCCACCACAUAAAACAUUGUAUGCCCUCGUUCGUUCUCAAGAGCAGGCAGAUGCAGUCAAAGAAUACGGAGCUGAGCCUCUAUUUCUCGACCUUAAGGAUCAAGACCGGGUCAUCAAAACCAUCGUUGAUGCGAAGAUAACAGUUAUCUUUUUCCUUGUCGACGCGGUCACGUCAAACCUUCAAAUUCCCAUGAUCAAGGCUCUAGGCCAAGUCAAGAAGCAGACUGGAGAGGAUGUACACUUCUUACAUACCUCUGGCGCCAAGAUCUUUAGCCAGCACAGCAACUAUCCAACGGAUAAAACGAUUCUCGACUCGAGUUCGGAGGUUUAUGAAUUUCAGAAAUCAUCAAAAGCCCCCUAUGACAUGGUCGCGCAGGCUAUGACUACGAACAAUACGGUCAUCGAAACUGCUGAGUCUUAUGGUGUCUACAGCUAUAUUUUCAUUCCGUGUAUUGUGUACGGUGAAAGUGAAGGCUUUGGAAACCGUAUUUCUAUCCAAAGUACCGCUGUGGUCCGGGCUGCGAAGAAAGCUGGAGCAGUGUAUGACGUCAACUCUGGAGGCGCAACUUGGCCUGUCUGUCACGUCUCUGAUAACACGGCAUUAUAUGUCAAGCUCCUCGAAAAAAUUCUAUCGGGCGACAAUCCCGGUCACGGCAAGAACGGUUACUACCUCGCGUCUUCUGGUAGUGUAGCGUGGAUCGACAUCUACACCGCCUUCGCCAGGGCUCUUGCAACGCGCAACGUAAUAGACAGUGCUGAGGUCAAGAAACCUGACGAGACAGCCUUGGAGAAGAUGGCACAGGCAUUAUACUGCCCGAAAGAGAUGAUUGUUGUGCAGCUAGGCGGCACUUGUACCCUCAAAGCAGACCGCGCCAGUAAGAUUGGGUGGAAGCCAAAGUAUGCGCCUGAGCAUAUUCUUGAAGUAGCCGAUGCUGAGGUAGAGCUCAUUCUAAAGCAUCUAAAGGACUAAUGUACUCUGAAACCUCAGCAGCAAUUUGAAAAUUGGCGUUAUGGUAAUACGAGAGAAACCUCAGACUUAAAGCCUUGCUUGAGUGGAACAUGCCUU